AUGUCGACUCAACCCGAAAAUGGGAUCUCAGUCUUAUCUGAAUUUCCAGAUCAUGAUCGGUUGUUGACAUGGAAUCAAACACCCGCCGAAGCAGUGAAUGAAUGUGUGCAUUCACUCAUUGCAAAACAAUGGCAUGGAAGGACAGGCGAGAUUGCUGUUGAUGCUUGGGAUGGGAAAUUCAGCUUCACUGAGUUGGACCACCUGAGCUCCAUCUUGGCCGCCUAUCUGUCCGGACUUGGUGUUGGCCCGGAAGUCAUCAUUCCAGUAUGUUUUGAAAAAUCUCGCUGGGUUUUAGUGGCUAUUCUAGGAGUAAUGAAGGCUGGUGGUGCCUUUGUUCUUUUAGAUGAGUCUCAGCCAUUGAAGAGAAUGCAAUAUGUAUGCAAAGAAGUCAAUGCCCCAAUGGUGGUUACUUCGCCAAAAUUUGCAACCCAAGGGCAGGAGUUGGCGGAGAAAGUUGUUGUAGUCAACCAUGACUGGCUUUUGUCGCUAUCACCUAACCACAACUGGGUUCCGCCUUCUAUUGCACCUCGAAAUUCUGUCUAUGUUAUCUUUACCUCCGGAUCUACCGGGCAGCCCAAGGGUGUCGUGGUAGAGCAUGCCUCCCUUAGUACCUCUUCUAUGUUCUUUAACCCGCGCAUUAUGAUAAGCAAGGGUGCCCGUGUGUUUCAAUUUUCUUCUUACACCUGGGAUAUAUCUAUUGUUGAGCUUCUAUCUUCCCUCAUUGCAGGCGCCUGUGUCUGCAUCCCGUCUAAUGACGACAGGAUGUCCAAUAUCACCGGCGCAUUGAAUUCUCUCCGAGUAACCUAUUUAAUUCUCACGCCCACAGUCGCUCGCUCGCUGGUUCCAAAUGAUUUGCCGACACUGAAGACGAUUUGCCUGGGUGGUGAAGCUAUGGCAAGUGGCGAUGUCGAGAAAUGGGCUUCCAGAGUAAAUCUGAUUAAUGGUUACGGACCGACUGAGUGUACGAUGGUUUCAAACUGUCGACAAGUGUCUUUGGAAAGCUUCAAUACACGAAAUAUUGGAAAUGCCAGUGGCAGCUUGUCCUGGAUCGUUCAUCCUAAUGAUCAUCACAUAUUGAUGCCACUCGGUGCCAUCGGUGAGCUGCUGAUUGAAGGUCCUAUUGUAGCGCGAGGGUAUCUGAACCGGCCUGAUCUUACGGCUGCUGCGUUUCCCAAUUCCCCCACCUGGCGAAAGGCCUUCCCACUCGGCACAGGGCCCUCCCGAUUCUACAAGACAGGAGAUCUUUGCAAAUAUGCACCCGACGGAUCAAUCGAGUUCAUGGGCCGCAGGGAUACCCAAGUCAAGUUUCGCGGCCAACGCCUAGAGCUGGAGGAAAUCGAGCAGCAUGUCCAAAGAUACUUUCCUGGAUCUUCAUGGGUCUGCGCAGUGUUAGUAUCUCGGGAUGCCGACUCAACCGGUCGGGGAGAUAGCCUUGCCGUCUUUAUUCAAUACCCUGACGGAAAGGAAACUUUAGGGGCUCUCUUCCCUGAAAGCAACUUAAGCAUACCAACUGACAGCUUUCGAAACCUUGUGACAAUAGCCACCAAGGAAUUACGCGAGGCAGUUCCCGGUUAUAUGGUACCAAGCGCAUUUUUCCCCAUCCACAAACCCCCGCUCAUGGAGUCUGGAAAGGUUGACACAAAGAGCUUGAAAGCCCAGGUAGCCUCACUUUCAACAGAUCAGUUGAGACACUAUAGUGGUGUCCAAGUGGCCAAGCGAGUGCCUGAUACCACUAUCGAGCGUCAGCUCCAAGUGAUCUGGGCUAAUGUUCUGGGCGUUUCUCAAGAUCAGAUCGGUGCAGAUGACGACUUUUUCAUCAUUGGAGGAAGGUCAUUAGACGCCAUGCAAGUGGUAAUUCAAGCACGAAAGAACGGCCUGGAGACCCUAACUGUCUCAAAAAUGUUCAAAACACCAAUCCUAUCAGCGCUUUCUAAAGAGAUUAUCAGUGCUGGCGCCAUCAGCACAUCCUGUCCUGUCCUCAAUGAACACGGCUUGAGCGUCUCUGACUUGGAUGCCGGUGCUCUUGGCUCCUUUCACCCCGACCAAGUUGUCUGUGUACUUCCUACAACUGACUUUCAGCGUAUGCAUGCUGUGCCUAGACUUAAAAGCUAUAGUCUCUGGAAUAUCAAACAGUCAGUCGACAAGACCCGACUCUCUCAAGCUUUCCAGACGCUUGCCAAUCGUCACAGCAUCCUCCGCACGAUAUUCGCUCCACAUGCGAAAGGCCUUGUGCAAGUUGUCCUCAAGGACGUCGCAAUACAGAUGGGCCAAGAAACAGUUAAGCCGGCAGAUGUAUCCUCAUUCUGCCAGUCCUUCUCUGAAAAGGACAGUCAAGAAGCUCUCUCUCCAGAUGAGCUAUAUUUCCAACCUACAUUGGUAUCCUCUAGCGAUGAUGAGCACACUUUGAUUCUUCGUACAAACCACGCACAGUACGACAUAGACGGCCUGACUCGGAUCUUCAAUGAAUUGGUCGACAUCUACCAUGAGAGAGAACUAGCACCUAUCACAGGAGACUUCACGCUUUACAUGCAGCAUCGCUUGGCACAGAAGAAUGACAAAUCUUGCGAGUUCUGGCGAACCUAUCUAGAGGGAGCCUCCAUGACCCCCAUUAAUGGACUGGCAGCAACAGAUGCCAAGCGUGAUAUAGUGUUUGACUUCGGCGCAAUUCCCAAUCCUCAGCCUGUUCAAGGAAUUACCGAGGCAACCCUAUCCAAGGCUGCAUGGGCGCUUACACUUGCCCGGCUGAACCAGAAGAAUGAUAUUGUCUUUGGCCACACAGUCAAUGGACGUGAUCUUGGAGUUCCUGGAACUGAGCAAGUUGUUGGCUGUUGCCUCAACACCGCGCCUAUUCGUGUUACCAUCAACCCUAAUUGGACAGCUAAACAGCUCCUGGAGCAUGUUCAAAGUCAAUACGCUCAGACCAUGGAGUACGAGGCGGUCGAGCCAUCUGAGAUUGUAAAGGGAUGUACCCCGUGGCCAAAGGGAACAGGGUUCGUCAGUACCAUCACCCAUGACCAUGCGAGUACCUUGCCCGUUCCUGCACUGGAAGGCGGCUCAACUUUGUUGGAGCCAAUGUACCCCCCAGAGAGUGAGGCUGCAUUGGAACUUAUGGAUUGGCCCGUUCAAGUAGUGACACACUCCGAGGAGUCCGAGUUCACGAUGGGCAUUAUGGCUUUCAAUGAUACCUUGUCUGAAGAUCGUGCAAAAUGGAUACUCGGGAAGUUUGGGGAGGCGAUAACAGCUCUGGCAAAUGCUAGCCCAAUGGCUACUCUCGAUAUAUCUGCGUACGAGGACUAA